AUGAAAUUUUCAACGCCACUGGUUACUAGAUUUUCAACAAUAAUCCUUGUGCUUCUAAUUGCAAUUCAAAUUAAAUAUUCAUUAAUUCAAGAUCCCAGCCAUAAUUUUGAAUUUGAUUAUAUCAUAGUAGGAGCAGGAACUGCAGGAUGUGUUGUAGCUGGAUCUUUAAUAUCUAAUAGCAACUACACAGUGCUUAUAAUUGAAGCUGGUGAUUAUUUUAAUGCAUUGACUCAAAUUCCGACAGCAGCGACACUAUUACAAGGAUCCAAACAUGAUUGGUCGCUUAAAACAGAACCUCAGAUGUAUUCAUCUUUUGGCAUGCUUAAUCAUGCACAAGCAUACCCUCGAGGCAAAGGAUUAGGGGGCUCAGGUCAAUUAAAUUAUUUGGUUCAUAUGGAACCGACAGCAAACGAUUACGAGCAAUGGAAAAAUCAAAAUAUUACAACAUGGAAUUACGAGUCAAUGUUUCCUUUUUUUAGAAAGCUGGAAAGCUUUAUACAUAUCAUGGAUAACAAAGUUAUGGAUAAUACAGAUCUACAAACAACAUUUCAAAAAAUACAAACAGAAAUAAAAAAUAUUACCGUGAAAACAAUUCGAAGUACAAUCUUCGAAGGAAAACGUUGGUCUAGUUUUGAUGGAUAUUUAAAACCUGUUUUAAGGGAUCCAAAGCUACACAUUUUAUUGAAUACAGAAGUUUCAAAGAUUUUAUUUUCAAAAAAGAAAGCAAUUGGUAUUAUGACCGAAUCCACGAAAAUUCCACGUAUUUUAGUUCGAAAACAAGUUAUAUUAUGUGCAGGCGUAGUUCACUCACCACAAAUAUUAUUACGAAGUGGAAUUGGAUCACAAAAAAGUUUAAAGAAGUUAAAUAUCAGCACAGUGGCUAAUUUGAAAGGUGUUGGGAAAAACUUAUACGAUCAUUUAAAUACACCAUUAUUUGUUAGUAUUGAAAAACCAGUAAGUGUUACAGCGGUAAAAAUAUUAUGUGUGUCCGAAAUUUGGAAAUACAUACGCCAAAAGGAAGGAUUAUUGGCUUCCUUACCAAUUAUGGGGCGUGCAAGAACUGUUGAUGAUCAAACUUUCAUAUUAUUUGGAAUGGGAUCAACAGAUGAGGGAUUACUUAGGGAAAUUGGAAAUUAUAGACCAGAUGUUUUUCACAGCCUAUUUCCAUUAUAUCAUAAUAUAAGCCAAGAGGGUUUCGUGUUUUUAUCGUCAUGUUUAUAUCCAAAAAGUCGGGGCUCUAUUACACUGGAAAAUACCGAUAAACGAACCCCCAAAAUAAAUCCUAAUUAUCUAGAAAAUCAUUCAGAUGUUACUUGUAUGAUAAAAGCACUUCGUAUGUCCAGAAAGAUUUUACAUACCAAAAAAUUUCAAAGUUUGGGUGCAAAAAUUCACUGGCCCAAAUUACGACAAUGUGAAAACUAUGUACAUCUUAGCAUUGAACAUAUGGAAUGUAUUAUACGCAUGGGAUCUUUAACGGGAUAUCAUCCCGGUGGAACAUGUCGAAUGGGAAAUGAUGAAUUAAGUGUUGUCAAUGAAAAUUUAGAAGUAAGAGGCGUACAAGGAUUGCGUGUAGUAGAUGCAAGUGUAAUGCCAUCCCCAAUCGUACAUUUUCCUAAUUCGUUUAUUAUUGCUAUGGCUGAUCGAGCUACGACGCUAAUCUUAAAUGAUUCAAAAUAA